GACUGCGACUCACUUUUCUUGUUAUCGUUUAUUUAUUUAUUUAUCUGUGGGUAUGUGCAUUAUCAUUCAUAAUUCUCGGAAGGUUUAAAGAGAUAAUUCUUCCUUGAACUGAUAAUUUAAUGCAAAGUACAUUUUGCGAUUCAUGUAUACAUCAUUUAAAAGUGAAAUUAUAAUAUCGAGUGGUUUGACAAUGUCGAACAAGGAACAAGAAGGGCCAGAAGGACAAGGACAAGAAGUAAACGUAAACAUGGCGACCCUAACCUUCAAAAGAACAGAAAGAAUGAUCAAAAGUUUCGUGUUUUUUGAUCUGGAAACGACGGACUUGAUAAAAGGCAAUAAAUACCCGAAAAUAACGGAACUGGCAAUGGUUGCAAUCUCGAGAGAUGAUCUUAAAGUUCCUCAACAAAAGCUUCCUCGAAUUUUGUCAAAGGUCGUCAUUCCAGUCUGUCCGAAUGCUGAAAUUCCUAAAAUAGUUACUCAAGUUACAAAAUUAUCGAACGAACUUCUGGAAAAUUGUAAGCUCUUCGAUUCGGAUGUGUACUGGCUAUUAAUACACUUUCUCCGACGAUUAGAACAACCAAUCUGCUUUGUGGCUCACAACGGCAAGGCGUUUGACUAUCCAAUUAUCUUGAAAGAAUUUCGGGACAUCGAGGGGGAAAUGCCAAAUGAGAUCUUAGCCAUCGACUCGAUUGAUGUAUUUCGAAACUACUUUAGUGACAAACGACUUCUGAAGAGGCAGAAGUUGGAAGAAGAGCAGGAAAAGAACGAUAUGCUUGAAAGGUACGAUUCGUUAUUAAAAGACUCGUGGGACGACGCCGUUUCUGCAGCUUUAGAUGGGAUUGAAACGUGCACGAGUUUCGACGAAGGCGUCGAACUGGUCGAGACGGAGAGAAAUCAGGAAAUGUACAGCCAAAUGCAGAGGAUCAAUGAAAAAACUCCCGAGUCGCAGAUUAUAAAGCCCGACAAAAUAAUCGAGACGUGUCCUUCGAAAAUUUUUAAUCCCCAGUUGCUAGUGAAACCAAAAAAUUUUAAAUUGACAAAUUUAACGAAACAUAUGUUGAGUUCCUCCGCGAUCAACGAACACUACGCCGAGGACGAUUGUAUCAGUUUAAUCCGCUGUGCGAGUCAAAUAGGAGAAGAUUUUAUCGAAUUCGCUGACAAGCACGCGAUGCCAUUAAUUUCUUACGAGCGAAAUAUUUAAUUUUCAAUUCAGAAUAGUUUUUUUUUCGCUUGCUGUAAAUUGAGUCUGAGAUUUGGUAAAGACUUUGUUUGCUUUUCAGCAUCGAGUCUCUGUUUUUAAAUUGUAUAUAGUAAAUUUACAAAUGCACGCGAAUAUAAUGCAAUGAAAGUUGCAAUUGACUAAGUCGAGAGACUUCAUUCUUGCAAAUUUGAUAGGCAUUUCCUUUUGUUUAUGAAGAGGAAAUGAAAAAAGAAAAAAAAUCGGACUCCUUUUGCGAAAAGAAUUUAAGUUUAGAGGCUAAUAUUUUGAUUGCGUGCACAAAUAACUGUAUCUGCUACUCAAAACUGUGUCCUUUUUUUUUAGUUCAAGUUUGAGUCGUGACUAAAUUUUUUAAGGGAGCUUAACACAUUCAAUGUUUAUUUUAAUAUGUAGUAUAAAAAUCACGUUUUUAGUAUUAGAUAGGAAUGAUUAUUUAAUUUUUGUAGAACAUUGAGUGUGAUAAGCUUUUUUUGGUGAGCUGUGAUGAUUAGAUAAAAAAAAGUAUUUAUAGUAGUAAUAACAAUUUUGUGUUUCUAGGGAAAGAUCUUUUUUAAUUAUUUUGUGAAGUAUAUUCGGGAAGUAAAAGAAUCAAGUUUUUUAAACUUGUUUUGUAAAUUCACUGAUUGUCGUAAAGAAAUGUUGCCGAUUUUAUUCCUGUGUUUUCUAUUCGCGCAAAUUCGUCCAAGGUGGAUAAAAAAGUGAAUGUUUUGAAUAAUAAAUAAUAAUAGGAUCUUCUCGAA